AUGACAGAAAUACUAGCAGCCACUAUAGGAAAGCCAAUGCCUACACAACCACUGCUAUUAUCUCCACCUACUUAUUGUAAUGAAUGUGGGGCGAAGAAAUUCUCCUUCGAAUCUUUACAUUUUUGUUGCGAUAAUGGUGAUAUUAGCAUUGUUGCUAAUGAAUAUCCUCCUGAAUUAGUAAGACUUUUUACUGCAAAAGAUGAAGAUGCAGUGAAUUUUAGAAAAUACGCUAGAUUGUACAAUAACUUAUUUGCAUUUAGUUCAAUUGGUGGUAAAACUGAUAGAGAAACUUACAAAGGCAUAUAUGUUUUUAAAUUACAUGGCCAAAUAUAUCACUCUGUGCCAGAUUUAUUACCUGAUGAAAAUGGCCCGAAAUAUUUGCAAUUAUAUUUUUAUGAUGGUCAAAUUGAACUUGAACAUAGAAUAAACUGUUUCUCUGAGUUAAGACAAGAUGUUAUUGACAUAUUGAUGCGAGUAACUGAGAAUAAUCCAUAUGCUAGAUUUUUUCGAUCUUUGAAAGAAGUAAAUGUCAAUGAAACUACUAAUAUCAUAAUUAAUUCAAACACUGUUCCAGAUCAGAGAGUGUACAACGCUCCUAUAUCAGUUGAAGUUGCUGUCAUUUGGCCUGAUAGUGUUUCAUCAAGUCAUAGUUCAUGGCCACACAUUCUUGUGACGGCAAAAUCUGCAAAGUCGCAUCGCAUUGCCCAUUAUUAUGGGUGCUAUGACCCUUUACAGUACCCUUUGCUAUUUCCUAAAGGCGAAUGUGGAUGGAAUCAGGGUUUAAAGAAAAUCUCUCAUGGUGGAGACAGACAAAUAGCAAGUGAACUUGAUCCUAUUCAAUCAUGUGCGGUGCACAUCACGGAAGAUUUUCUUGAUGCAGAAGAAACUCGUAAAUACUUGCAACUUUCUGAUGUAUCAGCUCGUAGAAGAAAAACAAAAGCUGAUAGAUAUAUCUCUGCUAGAGAAUAUUAUGCUUAUAAGCUGCAGAUUAGAGUAGGAAACAUGCUUUUAAGAGCAAGUCGUGCAUUUUUGCAAUAUAUAACAGAUAAGUACAUCAAAGUUGAAAACACAAGAUUAGAUUUUUUCCGACAAAAUCAGGAUACAAUAAGAGAUGAUCUCUACAAAGGUAUUCUUGACACUGUACAAAGUGGAGAGACAAGUGCAGCCAAUGUUGGACAUAAGUUCAUUUUGCCACCAUCUUUUAUUGGAGGGCCUCAUGAUAUGAAAAGGAGAUACUUAAAUACAAUGGCCCUUGUGCAGAAGUAUGGGAAGCCUGAUCUCUUUGUCACCAUGACAUGUAAGGCUAAUUGGGCAGAAAUAAAAGCGGAAUUAGAGCUUGGUGAGACUGCACAAGAUCGACCAGAUUUAGUUCUCGAAUUUUCCGAACAAAGUUGA